CUUAAAUGUGACGCAAUCAGUAAGCGACAGCAAACUAAUGAGACCGAUUGUUUGACAAGUGAUUUGUUUGAUAUCAUUUUAGUAGCGGUGCAACUUGUUUCACUAUUGCAGAAAUGUGCUUCUUCCUAGGUUCCUAAGAGUUGUUGGAGCAGGUUGUAAGAAGACCACCCACGGAACUGAACGCUUGUUGGUACGGUGUAUGUUCACAAACCCGCCAAUCCGGAGUACUGCUUAGGGAAGCAUAGGAGGAGCAGCAAGGCCUCAUCCCUGAGAAUCUACGUUCUCCACCAUCUGAGAGACUGGUGUGACUCAUCUAGAGAGUCCAUCCACUGGGGAGCUCCAUGGUACAGGCCCCCUGAAGGGCUGGGACCAGCACUGAGGGCCAGAGGCAGCCGUGGCGAGAUGGGGUAGGGGCUGAGGACAGAGCCAUGGUUCAUGACACGCCGCCAGCACAGGUGGGCACCAAUGGCCGCUCUUCUGAGAGGAAGAGGACACCGAAGGCAUGUGACUGCUGUGGGCCAAACUCUAAGCUCCAUGAUGGGAAGGCCCCACAUGGGAAGAAUCCGGGUGGCAAGUCCCGACAACGCAGGGCCCAGCCAGGGAAGGUCAAGGGCCAGGCACUGGGGGAGACCCCUAAGAGAAAGGGUGGUCGCCCAUCUUAUAAGAAGACCCUGAUGACAGAGCAACAGGUAACAGCCAUCCGAGAGGAGCUGGAGAAAGACUCAAACCCUUUGGCUUCACCUGUAAUCAACUCUGUUGGUCAAACCUUAUUGGACUCUAUGGGUCAGAAGUUAACGUACACUAUGGUUAAACUGGUGAAUAAGUCUGUGGUUCAACCGGUAACGACAUCAGUGGUUGAGCAUUUUGCUGAUUCAAUAAUGGAGCAGGAGAGAGCCUGUGAAGGGGUUGUGUGUGAGGGGGAAAAGGCCCCUGGUUCAGUCAAACAGCCGGUUAUAGACCCUAAGAUGGAGGUCAUAAAGCAGCCCCCGCCCCAGGCUGGUGACCCAGCUGUCUUCCUUUCCAACGGUACAUCAGCUGUCCCCAAAGAGGAACCAACACACUGUAGCGCCCCUAUGGAGGUGGAACCAUCAGCCAUAGCCUGUGUUUCCCCAGGCAUUAUUCUGUGCAGCACCCUACACACAUUUGCUCUGUGGGACCACCGAGAUUACUGCAAGAUAGGAGUGUGGGCUCAAAGACCUGAACAGGGAAGUGCCACAGACCUAGCACAGCAAUCCCAGCCAUCACCACAACAACCCAAACCAGAAGAGGGCAUCCAUGAAGGAAUCAGAGACCUCAUUCAUGAGUUUCUGGAGCUCUUCUUUGUGACGUACGGGAGUUUCAUCCCCCUCAGUGAGACUGAUGUCUUGGAGCACCUGAAGAACAAGUGUAACACGGACUUCAUUGACAAGAAGCUAAACAUCCAUUUAGAAGUUUUGAAGUACAAAGCGGGUCUAGCCUCCAUCCCUAUGAAUUGCUUUAAAGUGGACUACAACAAGCACACUCUGACCCUGGAGGACCUGUCCACACUGGACGAUCAAAACUGGGUCAACGACCAGGUGAUAAACAUGUAUGGCGAAUUGAUCAUGGAGGCUACAGAGCACAAGGUUCAUUUCUUUAACAGCUUCUUUCACAGGCAGCUGGUGGCCAAAGGCUAUGAAGGGGUUAAGAGAUGGACCAAAAAGGUGGAUCUGUUUUCCAAGAGUCUGCUGCUGAUUCCUAUCCACCUGGAGAUCCACUGGUCCCUGAUCACAGUAGACAUGGCCAACCACCACAUCCACUACUAUGACUCACAGGGCAUUGUCUUCAAAUACACCAUAGAGAACAUCAUGAGAUACAUCCUGGCCGAGGCGAAGGAGAAGAAACAAGCUACCUAUCAGAAUGGCUGGAAGAUGAUUAUAAACAAGGGUAUUCCUCAACAGAAGAAUGACAGUGACUGUGGAGUCUUUGUAUUGGAGUACUGCAAGUGCCUGGCUUUAAAAGAACCACUGCAGUUCACACAGGACGACAUGCCCAAAGUCCGCAAGAGGAUUUACAAAGAGCUCUGUGACUGUAAACUGAGUGACUGACUGACCACAGCUGAGAAAGUACACCUGCCUCUCCAGUGAACAGUGGGUUAACAAUUGUUAUUGUACAAGGGCCAUUUAACACUUUUUUUUAAACUACUGGAGCCAAGGAGAAACUGAAGGAAAUGCCGUAGAGACACAACAUUUGACUGGUGACAGUCUUUUCUCUCCUUCAGAGGAGGGCAAUAAUUUUUUUUUUUUUAAAUGCCCCGUUUAAAAAAAGUAAAAAAAUCUUUAACGGGAGGGACUUGAGACUUUGAAUUCCUUUGGGAGUUGACGUCCACAAAGUUUCCAUUGUUGACUGACUGACCUGGAUCUGGAGCUAAAGCUGCUGCUAUAAGGUUUCAGAUGCUAGUGACGGACCUAUAUGUGCUGAUACCGUUUCCUAAUUUCAGUUCUUGAAAUGUAAAUGGCAGAUUAUAUGGGACAUUGGGUGAAAUUUGAAGGUUCUUGUUUUAUAUCAUGUAAUCUCUGCCUGACUAGUGCGGUAAAGAGCAAGAAGACUCCUCGAAGGUUAGCUUUUAAUUGAAUGUACUGUUUUGUUACUACUUCCGCUCUCUUGGGCUAGAUUCCAUCUGUAUCACGGAUGAUCCACAUUUGACAAAUUAAAGGUAAUUUCCAAUUGCGCUGACAUGCAGCAUUUACGUGAAUGCAGUCUCUGCAAACGCGGGAACGUUGUCUUGAAAUGUAAAUCGAGCUAUAACGUGGAUCUUUCCCGCUAGGGAUUGAAUUCAGCUCUUAGUUCUUCUGAAACUCCUUCGCAUCAAACAGCAGUUGAGACAGUUGAGCUUAGAUUCAAUGUGGAAGAUCCGAACUAUAGGGAGACUGCCUUUUUUUAACAUUUCAAUGUUUCCGCAUUCUGUAAAUAUUACACGUGUCGGCUCAGUCAGAAAUUACAUUUACAUUGCGCCAUUACUUUCAGGAGUUAAGUGGGAGAUAUUUAGUUACAAUUGGCCAUGCUACUCCACUGAAAAUGGCUUCAUAAACACUGCUCUUUCUACUUCUGUCAAAUACUGUACACCUUAUUGUUUUUGAACCGCAUAUCUUGACAUAGUGUACUGAGGAAGAAGUAAUGCUUUUUUUUUGUAUGAGGGGCUGGCAAACUAUGGUUCUCAUUGGAGGACCACCAAGCACUUGAGCUGACUCAGUUGGUGUCAGUUACCCAUCUGAGGGAGCUGGUCCACAGACUGGGUGUAGUUGGGGAAACGCUGCUGUCGAACAUGCUGAAUGAAUCCAUCUAUACUGUCAUCCAUUUCAUUCCAGCACACUAGGUACCAUUAGAGAUCAUGUUCACAGCAUUCUCUUUACUAGGGUUAAAUCUGUUUAAUCUUCGUUGAGAGAGACUUUAUGGUUUAUUUGAUAUUGUUCUUGAUUUAAGCUGCUGUGGUAGAACCUAAAAUAUUGUAUUGCAAUUUGUUGAUGUAAUACAGGGUUAUACUUACAAAUCGAUACCCAGAGGGGUUAAAUUGGGAUUCUCUAGAUGUGAAAACUGUCCUCAAAAUGUCAUGUUAAUGGAAGUUCCCAAUGUAUGCGUCUCAUCCUAAACGGUGGCACAGUUUCCUUUCUAAGUUGACUCCUGAAUACAUUCAUACAAACACCAUGAUGUAGCUUGUAUGACUCAGGCAAUCAUUUUCUCUACAUUGGUUUUAAUUCAUGUUUGAGAGAUUACUCUGAGUUGUUUGCAUCAGGAGGAUGCAACAACCCAGAGGCCCAGCCACACCGAACAGAGGGGUGUCCUAUGACACAAGCUAGAUCUACUCAGGGUUUUCUAAAGCUAACCAGCUUGUGUUAGCUUCACAUUCCAGGUCUGGCUUUGUCUGUAUUAGGACGGUGGAUAUUGCUUGUCCGCCUGCCACUAACUCUAGCAGGCUUCUAACUGCGGGCUAGUCGAAAGCCGAACUCUUCAUUGAGACACUGAAACAUCAAUUCAUGGUUUAGUCCGUGCCACAUUUUAAUUUGUGCCAAAAUGUAUUCUUGCAAAUUCAGCAAGCUAUAGCCUCAAUACCAAUGGUGUGAAAAAGGCUUUUAUAAGUGCCGGCUUAAUUGUAUUGUUAAUGCUGUCUUUGGUGUGCUUAUCAAUGCAGAAGCACCUUUUUCCUUCCCACUCCUAUUGCUAAAAUAAUUGUAUCAUACUAAACUUUUACUGUGUAUAGUUUCAAAUGCAUUCUGUAAAUACAAAAUCAUUUGAUGGGUAUUUUAACAUUGUUAAUACUUUUAACAAAAAAAUGGAUUAAUAAAAUAUUUCAUCAGUCUUUCUCAAA